AGGAGGGAAAAUGGCCUGGCAAAAAUGGCGUCUUGGUUGGGCGUGCAGCUCGCCCGUCGGCUUGGGUUAAUAUUUCCGUGCAGACUGGAGAGGCCGUGUUUAAUCUUAUCUGGACCGCUUGGGCAGCUAGUUCCAGGUGUGACAGACGGUCACCAUGGCAACAGUGGAGGAUGGGGGCAGUGGUGACAUGACGGAGGCUCCAGCCAAACCUGCAGUGGAGGCUCCACCAGUCAAGUCACCCGCACCUCCACCAGUGGAGGCAGGAGACGAGCCCAACGCUACAGCUGCAGCCGAGGACGGUGCAGCCGAACAGGUACAGGGGGCAGCUGAACAGGUGGAAGCACCUGCUGAACAGGUGCAGGCUACAGGUGAGCAGGUGUCAGGUGAGAAGCAGGACGACCUGGGACAGCUGCAGUCGUACCUGGAGACGUUCCAUCAGGAGAUCUCGGGGGAAGUCAAACCUCUGGCUGAGGGGGGCGCCGACGGGCAGCAGGAUGCUGCACCUGCUGUUCAAGAAGCAGCUGCUGUCGAGAGUGCAGGUGAAACAGCUGCACCUGAAGAAAUGGAAACGACCCCAGGUGUUGAGGAGGCCGGCAAGGCCCCGGAACCUGCAGCAGCACCCGACGCAGCUGAAACUGCAGCUGUGGAAGAAGCCGCGCCUGCCCAGCAGGUGUACGUCUCCGCGGAGGCCGCGGGUGAAGCAGCCGCGCAGCAGACCCAGCCGCAGCAGCAGGUGCGAAUCGUCACCACCCAGGGGGACACGGAGGUCCACGAGGUGGUGAGUGAGGAGGUGGCGGCGCAGCUGCAGCAGAUGGCGGCGGAGGGCGGGGCCUCGGGGUCGGUCAGCAUCAUCGUGCAGAGCGGUUCAGACGAGGGGCAGGUGACGGCGACGCAGGCGGUGGGCUCGCUGCAGCCUGGUCAGAUCACGGUCAUGUACGAGCUGGUCCCCGUGGACAUCGCGCAGGGGGAGGGGCAGCAGCAGCAGGCCGUGGAGAAUGGGGAGGAGGAGGAGGCCGGGGAGGGGGAGGACCAGGAGGGGGAGGAGCCGGACGGGAACGCCGCAGACCCGGACUGGCAGGAGGGGGAGGAGGGAGGGGCCGAGUCCACCAAGGAAGGAGACAUCUCCGUCUACGACUUUGACGAGUUAGACAAGCCUGACGGCAAACGCUCCAAGGCAGGAGACGCCAUGACUCCCAAGGUGAAGGGGAGAUCGCCCAAGAAGAUGCGGGUGGGUGGGAAGACAUACCAGUGUUACAAGUGCGACUACACGUGCCAGAGGAUGGCCUUCCUGGAGCGCCACAUGAAGGUCCACACGGACGAGCGCCCCUUCAAGUGUGGCACGUGCGAGCGGGAGUUCCGCACCAUGCAGUCCCUCCAGAACCACAUCAACAGCCACAAUGGCGUCAAGCCUCACAAGUGCGAUCAGUGCCCCAUGAGUUUUGUGACCAGCGGUGAGCUCAUGCGCCACCGCCGCUACAAGCACACGCACGAGAAGCCCCACAAGUGCACCAUGUGCGACUACGCCAGUGUCGAGAUCAGCAAGCUCAAGCGCCACAUGAGGUCUCACACCGGGGAGCGUCCAUUCCAGUGUGGCAUGUGUAGCUAUGCGAGCCCUGACAGCUACAAGUUGAAGCGCCACAUGCGGACCCAUACAGGCGAGAAGCCUUACGAGUGCUCCGUGUGUCUGGCCACCUUCACGCAGAGCGGCAGCCUCAAAAUGCACAUGCAGCGUCACUUGGGAACGGCGCCGUCUUACAUCUGUGACAUCUGUGGCACCGCCCUGACGCGGAAGAGUGACCUCAAGUCUCACGUCCGCAAACUCCAUACAGGCGACAAGCUGCUCACCUGCAAGUACUGCAGCUCAGCCUUCCCCGACAAGUACAACCUUACCAAACAUCUCAAAACACACCAGGGAGAGAAGCGGUUCAGGUGUGAGGACUGUAACUACUGCUGUACGCAGGAGAGGCACCUGAUCAACCACAAGCGCUGCCACACCGGCGAGAAGCCCUUCGUGUGCGUGCAGUGUGACCACACCUUCAGACAGGAGCAGCUUCUCAAGCAGCACAUCAAGGUUCACCACACGCCAGGCUACACCCCUCCCCGCUACGCCUGCACCAACUGUGACAAGUCCUUCACCCGCAAGGGCAACCUGCGCAAACACGUGGAGCAGGCGCACGACCCCAGCGCCGUCCUGCCCGCCAUGCGAGGCCGCGCCCGGGGCUCGCGGCUCCAGGACCGCCUGGACGACGAGGACUCCAUGUCGGAGGGCGAGCAUGAGUUUGAACAGGCCAUGGACGAGAUCGAGGCGCAGCAGAUGGACGGACAGGGCGCGGACAUGGCAGAAAUGGAGCCGCAGGACGAAGACUCUGAUGCCGACUACAGGCCAGGGGACGAUAUCGACGAAACGCCCAAACGCAAGCCCAAGAGCCCUCGCAAGAGGAAAGGCAACACGCCCAAGUCCACGCCCCAGAAGAGGAAACGGCAGAAGAAGGCUAAGGAGGAGGAACCUGAGGAAGGACAGGAAGAGGAAGGGGCUGAGAUGGUCGAGACUCCUGCUGUCACGGAGGACGGGGAACAACAGACAACUGAGGAGGAAGAAACAGUUGCGGAGGACCAGCCAGUGCAGGCUGAACCCGAGGCCGAAACUGAAGCUACUGAACAGACUUAGGCCUUUGUGGCAGGGCUCUGGCCAGCUUGAAAGUUUUUUCCGCCAGCCUAGGUUCAUCAUCGCAUUUGCACUCGCAAUCUAGGGGCAUAUUUUUACCCAAGGUUUUUCUUAAUUUUGUCUGUCAAGGUUGACGGAUUGGUUUUAAAAGAUUUCCGUCACACGACGCAAAGUUCGGGUAACUGACGGAAAAACUGGUGCUGGCUAGAGCCCUGCUUUGUAGAAGGAACAAAGAAGUCAACAUCGCAGCAAAAGUCUAGCCAUAAAAAAACGUACCCUUCAUGAAAAUAAUUGAAUUUAGCGGUAAAUGUUUGCUUCAUGACAGGUAGAGAGCAGUAGAGACUUGAGAAUUUGAUGCAAAUCUAACCAAUUGAUGCGUAACUGCAUAACAUUGUAUUUCUUAGGGAUUAUAUCGUGUCAACGACUAAUGAAAUUCGGGUAUUCCUAGCUUGCUUCUUCCCACUAAUAAUGGCUAAUGACUGAUGUCAGAUCUCCAAGCCCUGAACAUUCCCCGUUUCUAAUGUACCCAUUAACUGGUAGCACGAUCAUCACUCUUCAUUGGUAGUGGUAGCUUCAUCCAAAUUGUGAAUGGCCUCAACCAUGGAUAUUAGCAAAUAAUCGUGAAUUUCAAUAAACUCAUGGUUUGAUGCGCAGAGUGAUGCAUCGAAAAAGACGAAAGUCUGAGACACAAAACAUGUCUGGACAUGGUGGUAUAAGGCAUGGUCUGGACAAGACCAGUUAGGGGCUUUUACCUCACCCAUGCGCAGUCGAAACCGUGAACCAGCUUACCACAGUGACUGUAUUGUGUAAGACUAGUGUUAAUUUUGUUUUUAAAGAAAUAACUACAUGUAUUAGUAUAUUUUUUUCUUGCUUUUAAAUGAUUUGAUGGUGAAAGAUUUUUUCCUGAAGGGAAGAAACCGUAGUAUUGUACAUUGUAUAAUGCCAGGUUAGCGCUACACUUUUUGCCUUCUGCAGAAUGUAUUACUUGGCGGGAGAGGGGGGGGGCAAAGUUCCCUUUUUGCUAGUAUGUUUGAAGUAGGGGGAACAUUUAGUAAAUGAUGUAGUAUAUUUUCCAAAGAGUCACACAAUUGUUCUGUACGAAUCUUGUAAGCAGAUGCUGGGAAAGAAAAACAUUAUUAGCCAAGCUUCUCGCUGACAGACACUAGCCUCUACCAGUCUUCGGGAGGCGGC